UUCAAUCAUUGAAAAUUACGGAACAGCGUGAAAUAUUAAUGCCAAAAUUCAAUAGAAAUGAGAGACAUUUUGAAAAAGAAUUUGACAGCGGGCACGAGGGGACCCCAAUACUAAUGAACUUCAUGUAAAGAAUUGCGUCUUUGCGUCUCCCUAGCACUUCUGUCUUAACACAUGGACUUCGACAUUAUUUAUGUCCCAAAAUUUGCAAGUCAAACUAGUUACAAAAAGCAGAUAAUUCGCUAAAUACGGGGGGCAUUAAACUUUACAAGCCGAUUGUACUUUCUUUGAAACACGGUGCCGAACGAAUCACAGGCAAGUAUUAGACGUUUGAGUGGAGUUUAAAGUCGGAUAUAUCGUUGUUUCCUGGACAAGAGUACGUCCUUAACGAAACAUAAACCGCGUACGAGAUUGUGUCUUUCAAACGCUAAUUACUCAGGUUGGCUGAACACAAUUGAUCAUUUUUAUCCUUUUUUCGGGGUUAAAAUCAUAUCAAAGCUCUAUACAUUUGAGCCUUUUGUGGCUUAGAGGAUAGUAUUGAUCUAAUGCUUUGUGUUUCUCUUUGUAGUUUCGACAACAUAUUCAUCACCGAGACGAAGAGCUGAGUUUAAUAAGAAAAUAUGUUUCUUGGUGCGCCGAAAGCGACACGGACACCUUACGAGGGCCGAGAUCGCGCUUACACCAUCGAGCAAAUGAUAUCAACAACAUUCGAGCCAAAGCCAACUGACUCCCGUCAACGAAAUAAAACCAGCCCCACCAACUCCUCCCACGGCAAAACACGAUUUAUCAAGAUUAAAGAGCGAACAAAAACAUUGCUCUUCAGACUGUUUCUCCUAGGGAUCUAUAUUACUUCCGGUGCAGCUAUUUUCCACGUGAUUGAGUCACGCAACAAAAAAGAACAACAUUGUCACGAAUAUGGAGACUCCAAGCUUGAGAUUGAAAUGGCCGAAAAGUUGAAUGCUUCUAGGGAAGUGAUACGGGAAUUUGUAGACAAGUUAUGUGAACAGUUUGAGGACUCACACAGAUGCAAGUAUAGUCAUAACGACUGGAGUUAUUACCAAUCCUUGUACUUCGUGGGCAGUGUCACCACAACGAUAGGUUACGGCCACUUGGCACCCAAGACUCAAGCCGGUCGACUCUUCUUGAUAUUCUAUGCCUUCUUUGGCAUUCCCAUCAACCUCCUCGCGCUUCAAUCCGUUGGAGAGCACAUUAACGUUGGUUUUCACAAGCUUAUCACAUUUGUCGAGAAAAAACUCUACAAAACUAGUACAGUUCGUCAUGAGCAUAUUAAAACGUUUGUUCUUAGUGUUAUUCUUAUGGUUCUAAUGCUCCCUAUAGGGGGGUUAAUGUAUUACUAUUCCGAGAAAGAUAAAGGCUGGACCUAUCUUGACAGUGUAUAUUAUUCAUUCGUUGCCAUGAGUACCAUUGGAUUCGGGGACCUGGUACCUAAUGAAGGGAAAGAGCCUGAGACGAACUAUGAGAGGGUCAUGUGGUUUAUAAGGCUGCUCUUUCUGGGACUGGGACUGUCACUAGUUUCCAGUGUCUUCACGUCAGUGAGUGGCGCUACUAAGCAGAUUAAAACGGCUUAUAUGAGUAAAAAAGGAUUAUAUCAAGUUAAUAGAAAAAGGAAACAUCAACAAGAGGAUCAACAAGAGGAGCGUAGAAGUUUCAAGCAAGCGGCAUGUAUACAUGUAAAGGGUCUUUUAUGUAACGGUAACGUUGACAGAACGUCACGCAACACAACAUCGAGCCUGCCUAGUGACGUCUACUCUCGCUUUGAAGACAGCUUGUCAACUACGUCAUUGAGUAACAACCAAUCACAGCACGACGAUUUUGUGCACGAACAAACACGUGGUUGCAGGAGUGUCUCUACGAGUCAAAGUACAAUACUGGACCACAAUACAAACACAUCACACGGUAGAUCACCGAAUAUAGAGGAAAGCACUUUAGAAUUGGCUAUUUUCCCUUCAAAUGACGUCUCUACAAAUACGAAUAACUAUGUUACGUCACUGGAUGGGAACAGUAACAUCGAUGAGGUGACAUCAUCUCCGUACGAACCAAGAGACGGUAUACAAAAUACGGCUAGUGUAAGUCAUGACGCAAAUAUAACGUCAUCGAAUGUAGAGUACAUGACGUCAUCACAGUAUGUGCCAAAUGAAGGUAUAUCAAAUACGAAUGAUAAAUGUAAUGACAUCAAUAUGACGUCAUCGAAAAGUAACAAUGAGGACACGACGUCAUCACAAUAUGUGCAAGAUAAAGGUACUAAAAAUGUAACUACAGAACUUUAUGACGUAAGUGUGACGUCGACAAGCGACGAUACAGACAGAGUGACGUCACCAAAUGAUCCAAUUCGUGAAGGUACGAAUAUUACAGACGAUUCAAGGAGAAACACAUCAUGUGCUCUACUAAAGAAUAAUUGCAGAGAUGACGUCAUACCGAAUGGUCACGUCAUCAAUGAGAUCACGGCGACGUAAUAAUGACGUUGAUAUCAAACUUCUCUACAAAGUCGUUUUGCUCUGCUUGUUGCGCAAAUAAACCCCUUGCAUGUGACUUCAAAACAUCAUCCAGGGGACAAGAAAAACACUUUUGCUCUCUUGGGAUCUAGUCCCCCAGAUGCAGAUGCAUGAACUUCAAGGAGUUUAUUGGUUUCAGUGAAAAAAAUAUGUGACAAUCUAGAAUUCCAAAUAUGAUUCUCACCACUAUUCCUAAUAUAUACAAUAGUAUCUGACAUGGGGGGUGCAUUCCCUCCUGAUAGGUAAUCUGUAAUAAUUGAUUUUAUCACAUAAUUAUCUAUGAAAUACCUAUAUUUCUCCAUUUCAUAAACUUGAUAUUUUCACUAGUGAAAAUA